AUGGGCGUGGCCGAACUCGACAGAGCGCUGCGGGGCGCCGGGGGCCACGACGCUAUCCAGGCGGCCGGAGCGGCGGCCGCCACGGCGAGACGCGGCGCAGGGACAGGGGGCGGCGGUGGUUGGCUGGCAGCUACAGUGGGGCGAAGCGGCAGGGUGGAGCCGACAGUGAGAGGGGGCCAGCAGCGGGCGCGUCUGGAGCCUAGGCGUGUGGGGGAAGCUCGGGCGAAAGGGGGGGCGUGGCCGGCGCGGGGUAGCGGGCUGCAGGUGCAGGCCGCGGCGAGCAGACGGGAGACGACAAGCGCGGGCAUCGCAUGGGCGCGCGCGGGGGCCGCGACGAAGGAGUGGUCCGAGGCGGGGGAGGGCGCGGCCAGACAGAGUGGGCACGGCGGCGAUGGCAGUAGCGGCGGCCAACGACAGAAGCGGCUAGGCGCGGUUUGCCGGAAGCAAGCAGCUGUAGGCGCGGCCCCGUGCGAGCGAGCGCGCGUGGGUGCGCGGGUGGCCGCGGGCGCAAUGCGUGCAUGUGGGGUGUACGGGCGCGGGCGGGACAAGGCCGCGGUGAGCGCGAGCGAGCUCGCGGGCGCGAGCAGAGGCAAGGACGCCGAGUAG